GCGAUACUUAGCGGAGCUUCCCGAUAGCAGAAAACAUGGCAGACGAGCACGGACGGAAGUGGGACCGCUGUCUUGCUGAUACAGCCGUGAAAACAGUAACUGGCCUAGGUGUGGGCAUUGUGCUCUCUGUCCUUUUCUUUAAACGCCGCACAUGGCCUGUCUCACUGGGUUCAGGUUUUGGACUGGGAAUGGGAUACGCCAACUGCCAGCAUGACUUCAAGUCACCGUACCUGAUUCAUGGGCGCAUGGUUAAGGACCAGUGAUGAAGGACUAAAGAUGAUGAGGAUUUUCCAAGGAGCUGCUCAUCUGUUUUUCUGUUGUCUUGUUAUUUUGCUGCUCGUUUCAGUCCUGGCACUCAUGCCCAAUGAUGCACAUUCUGUGUUUAUUAAAGGGCGGUCAAUGUAUAUUUAAUAAAGUCAUUAUGGAAAGCU